AACGUCAGGAGCCGGAAGUGAGCGUUGCUGGGGGCGCUGAUGAGGAGUGGUGGCGACUGUGCGGAGAGCGUGUCUUGACUCAGCACUUGGAUUCGGCUCCUUCAUUUCCAACAUGGAAGAAACUUACAUUGAUUCCCUAGACCCUGAAAAGCUAUUACAAUGUCCCUAUGAUAAAAACCACCAGAUCAGGGCCUGCAGGUUUCCUUAUCAUCUUAUCAAGUGCAGAAAGAAUCAUCCUGAUGUCGCAAACAAAUUGGCUACUUGUCCCUUCAAUGCUCGCCAUCAGGUUCCUCGGACCGAGAUCAGUCAUCAUAUCUCAAGCUGUGAUGACAAAAGUUGUAUAGAGCAAGACAUUGUCAACCAAACCAGGAACCUUGGACAAGAAACUCUGGCUGAGAGCACAUGGCAGUGCCCUCCUUGCGAUGAAGACUGGGAUAAAGAUUUGUGGGAACAGACCAGCACCCCAUUUGUCUGGGGCACAGCCAACUACUGUGGCAAGAACAGCCCUGCAAGCAACAUAGUUAUGGAACAUAAGAGUAACCUAGCUUCAGGCAUGCGUGUUCCCAAGUCUCUGCCGUAUGUUCUGCCAUGGAAAAACAAUGGAAAUGCACAGUAACUGAGUAUCUCAUCAAAUGCCUGAACCUAGGAGACUCUUGCUUCUUCGUGCUACCAAUGGGUUCUUCAUUUUUCUCCUAAUCUAAUUAUAGAAAGAUAAACUGUGACUUUCAACCUGACAGCUGCCUUUUUUCUUCCCCUACUUUUGAGUCCUCACUCAUUUGAUGCAAGAAAGAAUCCUCAUACUUAGAAAAACUGUUUAAAAUAAACCAUUG